AUGGCAACGAAUGUAAACAUAAAAUUAAUCAAUUUUAUUUUAACGACAAUUUUAAAAUAUUCAUUUUAACAAGAUGAUGGAACAACUGGAUUAUGUUGGUCAAGAAGAAUACAUCUGGGCAAUGCGUACCAGAACUUACGUUGAUGAUAAUGACGAUUGGAAAGAUCGUAGAUUUAGUGAAGAUUCCAAACUUUCCAUAACAAGUAAUAAAUCAGGGUCGACAACCGGAGAUGAACAUAACAUAAAAGUGAUGGCUUCAUUAGUACCUGACGAGAUAAUAGCAAAUUGUAACGAUUACAGUCAUAGAAAUUACGAUGUUUGUUUGCUUUUCGGCGACGUUUCCGGCUUUACCGAUUUAUGUGAAAAAUACAACAAAACUGGAAAAGGUGGCCCUUCAAGAUUAACGCACGUCUUAAACGCGUACAUUGGCACAAUGGUCCAAGAAAUAAUGUCAUAUAACGGGGACGUUUUAAAAUUUUCCGGAGAUGCUUUCCUUGCCAUGUGGAAAAGUGGCGUUAACGAUUCCAUGCAAGAUUGUAUUCAUCAAGCGGUCGAUUGCGCGUUGGUUAUCCAAAAAACACAUGGAAAAUACGAAACUGACGUUGGAGUUUUUUUAAGAGUUAAAUUAGCAAUAUCAGCCGGUUUUGUUGUAUUUUCGAUUAUCGGUGAUCAACACGAUUCCCAUUAUAUCGUUAUUGGCCAACCGAUAUUUGAUGUUAAAUCGGCUGAAAAGAAAAGCGUUGCUGGUGAUGUUAUGAUUUGUCAUACUGCUUGGAAUUAUUUGAAUCCUAGCGAAUAUUUAUAUGAAUAUAUGGAAGAUGGAAUUCAUAUAAAGGUUAUGGGUUUGGGUGCAAAUUGGAGAAGUACUCAAAAAUCAUAUAAACACCAAAAACAAUUGGAUGAAGAUGAAUCUAAUACAAAAACUGAAAUUGGAAAUGACACUUUUUCAAUACGUCCAAUGGUAAACGAAGCUGUAAAAAUGAAUUUAAAAGAACAUUUAAGAAAAUAUAUAAUAAAACCGGUGAUGCGCGGGAUAGAUAUGAACGAACCCUUAGAAUAUUUAACAGAAAUGAGACAAAUAACAAUUUUAUUUAUGAAUGUUGUGAUAACAAAAAUAAAAAUAGAUGAUUUUGUUGAUUUGGUUGACACUUGUUAUAAAUACGUUUGCAAAAUUUCAAAUUCAAUGGAAGGUUGCGUAAACAAAGUCUCAUUGUUCGAUAAAGAUUUGAUGUUUGUUGUUAUAUUUGGAUUAAGAGGAUUUAAACACGAAUUAAAUUGCCAAGUUGGAUUACGAUGUGCAACUUUAAUGUUUGAGAAAAUUAAUUCUCUUCCCGAUGUAAAAACAACAUCAAUUGGUGUUACCACGGGAAUAACAUAUUGCGGUGUUGUCGGUCAUACAUUGAGAAGAGAAUACACCGUUAUUAGUUUAACAGUAAAUAAAGCGGCACGUUUAAUGUGCGCCUACACCAAUAAAGUUACUUGCGACCGAGAAACUUUCUUACAUAGUAAAUUACAAGCUUCCAAUUUUAUUUUACAAGAAUAUAAAACGUUGAAAGGAAUUACAAAAACCGGACCUGUUUAUGAAUUUAGAGAAUCUCAUUAUAUUAAAGCGGAAGGCGAAGAAAUUAAUAAAUACCCGCUUUUGGGCCGCGACGAACAUUUAAUACUUUAUUUAAAAAUGAUACAAAGUGCCGAAGAACUUUAUAAAAGACGCCAAACUGGGUUUCAUGAUGGUUUGAGAACAUACAGUCAUCAUAACACUUUGAUUAUAUCCGGUGAUGCUCGUCAAGGAAAAUGUCGCCUUUUAGAUGAAUUGGUUUAUUUAAAUCCAAAGAAUAUACCUAUGACGGUUGUUAAAUUGCACACGAGCGAUCAUAAAGUUCCUUUUAGAGGGAUCCAGUUGUACUUUUCCGGGCCUUUGGGGAUUACUGCGAAAUGUUCAGCAAAAGAACGAGAAAUUCGUUUAUUGAGUCGUUUAAGAAAUAUGAAAGUUCCGGAACUGUUGUGUCUUUUAAAUCCAAUCUUUCACGUUGAUUUCGAAAAAACUGCACUUUUCAAUUCUUUAACAGCUGCACAAAAAAAAUUGGCAACGGGAAAAAUGAUUAAACAAUUAUGUUAUGGGUGUUUUUCUUCUUUUUGGGUAGUUGCUCUUAGAAAAGUUCAAUAUAUGGACAACGAAUCUUGGGCUUAUCUUCAAGAAAUUAUUGAAACCGACGUUUCAUUUACAGUUCUCACUAUUUAUAAACCAUGUAUUAAUAGUUUAACUGAAUCGGCCAAAAAGGUUCUUAACAAUCAUUAUAGUCGGUUGAUUAAUCUUGGACCCAUCGAUAAAUGGUUUCAUGCUGGAUUAGCAUGCCAAAUUUUAGACAUUCAAGCAAUUCCAGUUGAUUUAGAAAAAGUUAUUCAAACAAGAAGUAAUGGAAAUCCGGGUUGGAUUGAAAGUUUCUUGGUUAGUUUAGUUCAAGGUGGAGGAAUUGUGAUUGUCGAUACAACUUUUGCAGAUAUAAAAGAUUUGGGGUUAAUUGUACCUCCUAACGCUGUAUUUACGAGGAAAACGCCAGCAGCAUUAAGAGCAGAGUUAUUAGCUGCGGAUAAUCGAAAUAGGGGCACUGAUGGAAAAUGGAGAAUGUACGAUUUUAAUUACGAGGAAGCUGAAGAAAAAGGUAGUUUAUAUGCCUCCUCACUUGAUUUAAUGAGUAAUAUUUGGCAAAUAUGCGUUAUCAACAAAAACGAAAAUAUUUAUGAUGUCGAUGCGGAAUGGUCAUUAGACGUUUUAAUUUUAAAAACGUACGAUGCUUUAUCUUCUUAUCAGCAAUUAUUAUUAAAAUGUAGUGCCGUCAUUGGUGACACCAUCCCAAGAGAUAUGUUGAAUUACGUUAUGAAUUGUAUGGAUAUGAGAACUACAGCUUUAGCUGUUAAAGCUCUUUUUGAGAUUAAAGUUCUUUAUUGCGCACGCGGCGAUUUUACUCAAGGUGAUAUGAUGAUGGCGUUCGAAGCUCGGUUAUUACCACCAUCAAGAUUUACAACUGUAAAAUGUGAUUGUAAAGGGAUACGACCUUACGAAGCUUGUAAAGAUUUACCAAAAUAUGCUUCUUGUGGAAUGUUUAAAUUUUCAUUGGACGCAUUUCGUGAGUCGACUUAUAAUUUAUUAACGGAUUGCCAACGAAAAGAAUUUCACGCAAGAGCUGCUCGUUAUUUAGAAAAAGAAACGAGAAAGUGUAAGAGUUGUGGAAAUUCAUUCUUUAUUCGGGUUUUAGGAGUCAGAUAUGACGAUGGCAUGAAAAAAAAGGCUAAACAAGUUAAAGUAAAAAGAGAUGUUCGGGCAGUGGAUGCAAUGAUGACAAGAAAAGUGUCAAUGUCACCUGGAAGCAGUACAACAGGGGAAGUUAGAAGCUUAAAUUGGUCGAAUUAUAGUGAUGGAUCUUCUAUAAGAUCAGGAUUACUAAGAAGAUCAUCUGAAAUCCUAAGGCGUAAUAAAUUAGGAAUGAAAAUAAUAAAAAUAUUACGUUAUCGCCCAUCGUUAACAAAAACGUUUUCGUACGCCGAUUUUACGCAUUGUCAAUGUCCACAAAUUUUAAGCGCAAUGUAUUAUCAAUUAAUUCAACAUUGCGAAGGAGCCGAUAUUAGAAGUAAAUUGAUGGACGCUCUUUUAGAAUACGCGUAUCUUUGUAUUUUAUCGUUCAAUGUUCCUCAAGCGUUAAAAAUUUUGAAACGAGCGACGAAUUUCUUGGAAACUACUUAUAAAGAAUGUACUGAAGAAGGCGCCGAUUGGCAAAUACCAUUGACUAGGGCUCGUAUUGGUACUUUAUACGCAAAAUGUCAAUUGGAUUUGGGUAAUACAAACGAAGCUAAAGAUCAAUUUCUAAAAGCAAUGAAAGAUUAUGGUAUACCAUUUCCCGUUAGGAAAAAUGAAAUCCGCAUGAAAACGCAACGAUUAAACUUAAAACAAAAUUUUUCACUUUUUUGUAUAAUGAGACCGUUUAUUGUUAAACAAGGUUACGAGGCUGAAUUUUGCGAUGACGUUUCAAAUUGUUUGGCUAUAAUGUGUAAUCUUUAUAUGGAUUUAAAUAUGUGGGAACAUGCCGAAUUAGCAGCACUUAUGAGUUUACAAAAAGCUUUAGAAUCAAAUAUGGAUUUUUAUAUUCUUUGCAACGCUUACGCGAAUAUGUUGCAAAUUGCAAAUCACAAAGGCAAUAGAACUAUUAGUAUCGCUUUGGAAGUUCACGCAUUAAGAAUGUGCCAUCGAAAAAAAUCCAACGUUGAACCGCAAGAAUUAAAAGGUGUUUGUAAACUAUACGGGGUGAUUUUUUGUUCAAGAUUUUUAAGAUCUGAAUUAGAACAUUCAAUUGAUUUAGCUUUCAUUAUGUUGAGAAUAAGUAGCACUUUAAAUGCGGCCCCUUAUUCAUUAAAAGUGAUGGUUUUAUUGGUUCAAGCUUUACUUAUGAGGAAAAGAUUAAUGGAAGCUGUUACGAUUUUAUUUGAAAUGGAAUAUUAUGCAGCUGAGGAUAUUGAUAAUUCAGGAAGAAUUUGGUAUUAUGCUUUAUGUGUCGGUGUGCAAAUAGAAACCGGUUAUUGCGUAAUACCUUAUUUGGAAUGUGAGAAAAUUUAUCAUAUUGAAGGUGAAGUGAUGUCAACUGUAAGAGAUAUGGAGGCGGUUACAAGAUAUUUUACGGUAUUAUGGCUUUGGGCUAUACGAACUGGUGAUUAUGAAAAAGCUUUAAUUUGGCAAACAAAACUUCAAGAAUUUUCAAUCGGUGGAAAAUCUUACGAUUCUUUGGCAAACAUUUACACCGCUUUAUACUUUUUAGAAGGUUUAUUAAUUUUUAUGGUUGGCAAAUUAAAUAGCAGAAACGUCCGCGCUGUUUCGCAAGCUUUUCAAGAAAUCAAAAUUCUUUUAAACAAUCUAGAACGAAGUAGCCGCGUCGUUUCGGUUAUAGCACCGAGAUAUUACCAUUUAAAAGCGUUUUAUAAAUAUAUCAGGUAUCAAGAAAAUGCGGCUUUUUCUCUUUUACACAAAGCGAAAAUAUUGAGUGUUAAAUUGGAGAAUGUGCUGGAGGAAUUAUGGUGUGAUCAUUCCGAAAAAGCUUGGACAAAUUCUUUAUCUUCGAUUUUAACCGAUUUUUGGAAUGAACAUGCUGAACCUGGGGGGGAAAUUGACUACCAUGAAAUUGAAAAUGAUGAUGGUAAAAUUGGUUAUUAUACAUUACCGACACCUAUAUACCUUUAAAAAUAGAUAAGAUUGAGGUU